AUUCUGAAAUGAUUAGAAAAGUCAGACAGAAACACGUUGAGUAGCAUUAUUGGAAAAUUAGAAAUGGCAGGUAGAUCGAUGAGCGAGUGAUCUUCUCUCUGACUUCUACCUUCUCUCUUCGACGGUGUGAAUGCUGUUCAUUUUUGCGGCGGCGACUCUUCUGCUGGGAGCUGACCUUCAUCGGAGGAGAAGAGCUUUGCCAGUGCUACCGCUAAUGGCGGCGACUCCGUCCCUCUUGUGCUUGCUUACGUUGCUCGUCGGAUUUCUUGUCGCCGACUCCAAGUUUAUUGCAUACGACACUUCCCAAGGCAUAGUCCCCGGCAAAAUCAAUGUCCAUUUGGUCCCUCACACCCACGACGACGUUGGCUGGUUAAAGACCGUUGAUCAGUAUUAUGUUGGCUCCAACAAUUCCAUCCAGGGGGCUUGCGUGCAAAAUGUGUUGGAUUCUUUGGUUCCUGCUCUGCUGGCUGACAAGAAUCGCAAAUUCAUUUAUGUCGAACAGGCAUUCUUCCAGCGGUGGUGGAGAGAUCAGAGUGACUCCGUCCAGAGUAUAGUCAAGCAGCUAGUCACCUCGGGUCAAUUAGAGUUCAUAAAUGGGGGAAUGUGCAUGCAUGAUGAGGCUGCAACACAUUAUAUUGAUAUGAUAGAUCAGACGACUCUAGGGCAUCGCUUUAUUAAAAGGGAAUUUGAUGUGACUCCAAGAAUUGGUUGGCAAAUUGACCCAUUUGGGCAUUCGGCUGUCCAGGCUUACAUGUUGGGAGCAGAAGUUGGAUUUGACUCACUUUUCUUCGGGCGAAUAGAUUACCAGGACAGGGCUAAGCGCAAAAUUGAGAAGAGCCUUGAAUUUGUUUGGCGGGGUUCGAAGAGUCUCAGUUCAUCUGCUCAGAUUUUUUCUGGUGCAUUCCCAGAGAACUAUGAGCCUCCAUCUGGUUUCUACUUUGAAGUUAAUGAUGAUUCCCCAGUUGUUCAGGAUGACAUCACAUUGUUUGAUUACAAUGUUCAAGAUCGUGUUAAUGACUUUGUUGCUGCUGCAGUAGCACAGGCUAACAUAACUCGAACAAAUCAUAUAAUGUGGACCAUGGGAACAGAUUUCAAGUAUCAGUAUGCACACACAUGGUUCCGACAAAUGGACAAGCUCAUUCAUUAUGUCAACAAGGAUGGACUUGUUAAUGCUCUGUAUUCUACUCCAUCCAUAUAUACGGAUGCAAAGUAUGCUACAAAUGAAUCAUGGCCAAUCAAGACAGAUGAUUUCUUUCCUUAUGCAGAUCGUACAAAUGCUUACUGGACAGGGUACUUCACAAGUAGACCAGCCUUGAAAAAUUACGUUAGAGCAAUGAGUGGCUAUUAUUUGGCUGCCAGGCAACUAGAAUAUUUUAAAGGAAGGACUGGUUCAGGGCCCAACACAGACUCGUUGGCAGAUGCCUUAGCAAUUGCGCAACAUCAUGAUGCAGUCAGUGGUACAGAGAAGCAGCAUGUUGCCAAUGAUUAUGCAAAAAGAUUGGCGAUAGGCUACACGGAGGCUGAGCAAGUAGUUGCUACGUCACUUGCUCACUUGGUUGAGUCUGCAUCAUACACUGGAUCUGUAGAUCCAACUACAAAGUUUCAACAGUGCCCACUUCUAAAUAUCAGCUACUGCCCUGCAUCAGAAGUGAAUUUAUCCCAAGGGAAGCAAUUGGUUGUUGUGGUGUACAAUUCCCUUGGAUGGAAGAGGGAUGAUGUAAUUCGAAUUCCUGUUAUCAAUGAAGAUGUCACUGUUCAUGAUUCUGAGGGAAGAGAAAUUGAAUCCCAGCUUCUCCCACUAGAUGAUGCCCAUGCGGGCUUAAGGAACUACUAUGCUAAGGCAUACUUGGGUCAAACUCCAACAAAGACACCAAACUAUUGGCUUGCAUUUACAGUAUCUGUGCCACCACUCGGUUUCAGCACAUACACUAUCUCAGCUGCCAAAGGAGCAGGUGCUGGUUGCACCAGAUCAUCUGUACAGACAUUUCAAAGUAAGGAAGAGUCCACUAUUGAAGUUGGUCAAGGAAAUGUGAAACUCACGUUUUCUACAAAUCAAGGCAAACUGACCAAUUAUGUCAAUAGAAGAAGCUUGGUUGAAGAAUUGGUCGAACAGUCUUACAGUUUUUAUAAUGGAUAUAAUGGCAGUGAUGAUAAAGCUCCUCUGAUUCCUCAGAAUGCUGGGGCUUAUAUUUUCCGUCCAAAUGGCACGUUUCUCAUAAAACCUGGAGAAAAGGCUUCUCUGACUGUCGUGCGUGGACCAGUAAUAGAUGAAGUACAUCAACGUAUUAAUUCAUGGAUAUAUCAGGUCACCAGAAUUCACAAAGAGAAGGAGCAUGUUGAAGUCGAGUUUAUUGUUGGGCCAUUACCUACUGAUGACGGAAUUGGAAAAGAAGUUGUAACUCAACUGGCCACUACCAUGGCUACCAACAAAACGUUCUACACUGAUUCUAAUGGGCGUGAUUUUAUCAAAAGGAUUCGUGACUAUAGAACAGAUUGGGACCUGAAAGUGCACCAACCUAUAGCUGGAAAUUAUUAUCCAAUUAAUCUUGGGAUAUACAUGCAAGAUAAUAGUACAGAAUUUUCGGUUUUGGUGGACCGAUCUGUAGGAGGGUCCAGCACAGUGGAUGGACAGAUAGAGUUGAUGCUCCACAGGAGACUACUGCUUGAUGACUCAAGAGGUGUGGCAGAGGCUCUAAAUGAAACCGUCUGUAUUGACAACGUUUGCAGUGGACUAAGAAUCCAAGGAAAAUUUUAUUUCAGAAUCGAUCCCCUGGGAGAAGGUGCCAAGUGGCGUCGUACUUUUGGUCAGGAGAUAUAUUCCCCUCUUUUACUAGCUUUUUCUGAACAGGAUGGAGAUAACCGGAAGAAUUCUCAUGUAACCACAUUUUCAGGGGUUGGUUCCUCGUACAGUUUACCUGAUAAUGUCGCUCUUAUAACUCUUCAGGAGCUUGAUGAUGGAAAAGUUCUCCUUCGAUUAGCACAUUUAUAUGAGAUUGGAGAGGAGAGGGAUCUUUCUGUAAUGACAAAUGUAGAGUUGAAGCAGCUCUUCCCCAGGAAGAAGAUUGGUAAACUUACAGAGAUGAAUUUGUCGGCAAAUCAAGAACGGACAGAAAUGGAGAAAAAGAGACUCAAUUGGAAGGUGGAAGAAGGCUCUUCAUCAGAAGCAAAGGUUUCGAGGGGUGGACCUGUUGAUCCUACGAAACUGGUUGUGGAACUUGCGCCAAUGGAAAUCCGAACUUUUCUCAUUGAGUUUAACCAAAGCUUCCAUCGUUAUUUAUUUGAUGCCUAACCUAAUGAGGUUGAAAAUGUUGUGGAGGCUUGAGAGGCCCUUGGCAUCUGGAGACCUGGACUUUUGCUGUCAUGUAAAUAGACUUUUGAGUUAUGUUUGUACUGUUGGACAAAAAACAUAAAAAUCAUGGAGCCAUGUGGUUUUAUGAAACGAGGUUGGACUAAGUAUCGAGUUAGCUAAGCUACUAUUGCAAGCGACA